AUGGAGAUCUUGGGAAGCGGGAGGCAUAGUCUCAUGUCUCUUGCCGCAUCGGCAACAACACCAAGCGGUUUUGCGGCACUUGACAGCGUUGGGGUUGUGUCAUUGUGGGACACCCGACUGAAACGAAAAGAUUACGUACACAUGACUAAUAAUAAUAAUAAUAAUAAUAAUAAUAAUAAUAAUAAUAAUAAUUAUACGGAUAGCUGUGAUUCAGGAAAGAAAAAUAUGGGAGAAGCCACGGAACUAAUGUUGGCAUCAGAUUUACAUAUAGCUGCUGUUUUGGCUGAUGAUACUGUUACCUUGUAUGACCUUCGUCAGCAAUCCGUACUUCAGUGCUACAAACAUUCCUCUGAAACUGUGGUAUUCCUAAAUGGUACACAUCCAAUAGGAGCCACUUCAACUCUUAUUAUAGACGAGAAGGGCGCCAUUUUUCCAUUUGAUGUGAAAAAUGGAGCACCGACAACGUGUCUUUCGGAACGGUAUUUUGGUGUGGAAAAGAAUCUCUCAGAACCAUCAUUUGGUUCAUUAUCGAAUUAUUGUUGUGCUUUUGGUUUUAUUCGAAAUAAUGGCAAUUCAAUUUUGUCUGUUAUUGGGAUGGAUGGCAACGGUGCCCUCUACACAGACCCAUUACUUCCUUCUGUAAACUUCUCUAUCAUGGAUGACCUGAUUGCAGUUGAUGGUCAGUUUGUGAACCCACCCUUUCCGACAACGUGUAGCUUUUUUGAGGACUAUGUUGCUAUUGGAAGAGCAAAUGGGAUGUAUUCUAUUGCUACAAUAGAUGAUGAUGGCUCUCUUACAGAAGUUCUUGCAGCCCCUGGCCAUGCCUCUAAUGGGCUUUGUUUUGUUUCUUGGACUUCUAGCGGUCAUCUUCUUACUGGUUCUCUCUGCGGUGAGGUCUCCGCUUGGGAUGUACUCGCACUACUGCAAGAGGAACCUUCAGAGGAAGAAGUGGAAGAAGGUGAUCUUCCUCCUCUCAUUUUGGCACACAGCGUUCGAGAGAGUACUGGUAAACACUCAAUUUUGAACUGCGGGACUGUUUUGGGUAAUGGGAUGUUUGUUGCAGGUGAUAGUAUGGGGUUUGUAACAUCCUGUCCUCUCUCACAGGGGUAA